AUGGUAGAGCAGCUGGCUGAAGAAGGGCUCCCUGAAGGAGUGCUGGUCCCCAGUGGAGUCACAACCCUGCCUGCAGAAGCCCAGGAAAAGGUGGUUAUUCUGAUUGCUAAUGAAACAGGCCGUGAUGUUGCUGUGAAACAAGAGCAGAAGAUAGCAGACCUCUUUGAUACCCCAGUCAUACCGCAGCUGGUGGGGAUCCCACAAAAGCGGUCGAACGAAACAAAAACAAAACUUAGAGUGACACCAAUCACUAUUGGCACAUGGAAUGUGCGCACGUUACUGGACAACAUCACGGCAGACAGACCGGAGAGAAGAACAGCACUUGUCGCUCGAGAGCUCACACGCUACAACAUUGACAUUGCAGCCCUUAGCGAAACUCGCCUUGCUAAUGAAGGACAGCUGUCCGAGUCAGGCGGUGGCUAUACAUUCUUCUGGAGUGGCCGCAGCAGUGAUGAGCGUCGCGAAUCUGGAGUUGGCUUCACCAUUAAGAAUCAUCUUGUUCGGAAACUUGCCAGGUCCCCCAAGGGUAUGAAUGACCGGCUCAUGACAAUGCAGCUUCCGCUUCAAAAAGGAAAACAAGCUACUUUGAUCAGCGCAUAUGCUCCUACAAUGACCAACCCAGAGGAUGUGAAGGAUAAAUUCUACGAAGAACUAGAUACUCUGCUAUCGUCAGUGCACCGCACAGACAAGCUGAUUAUGCUUUGCGAUUUUAACGCAAGAGUCGGAUGCGAUGCCGCAGCCUGGGAAGGAGUCAUCGGGAAAAAUGGAGUGGGAAAGUGCAACAGCAAUGGCCUGUUACUGCUGAAAACUUGUGCAGCACAUGGCCUUCUGAUCAGCAAUACGGUCUUCCGCCUUCCUACCCGCAACAGGACUUCGUGGAUGCAUCCCCGUUCCAAGCACUGGCAUUUGAUCGAUUAUGUCAUCAUCAGGAGAAGGGACAGACAAGAUGUCAGGGUUACAAAAGCUAUGUGUGGCGCUGACUGUUGGAUGGAUCAUAGGCUCAUAGUAUCCAAAAUGAAGCUCCGUAUCAUGCCGAAGAGACGACCACAAGGCUGUAAGGUUCUCAAAAGGAUCAACGUGUCGAAGCUGAAGAACAGCCACAUCACUGAAAAUCUAGCAGAAGACCUAGAGAAUGAGCUUGCUGAUCUUCGUAUUGAGGAUGACGCUGAGAAAGACUGGGAGCGAUUCCGCAACACUGUCCAUACAGCUGCAUCGAAGGUAUUGGGGCCCUCCACAUGCAGGCAGCAAGACUGGUUUGACGAAAAUGAUGCAGAAAUCCAGGCCUUACUUGCUGAGAAGCACCGCCUGCAUCAUGCAUAUCAAAACGAUCCAUCCUCGGCGGCAAAGAAGACCGCCUUUAUCAACGUUCUCAGAACCGAUUGCAAGAGGAAGGGCAAUUGCCAGGUAUGCGACAAUCACCGUGGAAUCUCGCUGCUUUCUACAGCAGGGAAAGUUCUUGCACGGGUUCUGUUGAACCGAUUGAUUACUCAACUGGAGAAGGGCUUACUGCCAGAAUCACAGUGUGGCUUCUGCAAGGGUCGUGGGACUAUUGACAUGAUCUUCGCUGUGCGUCAGCUACAGGAGAAAUGUCAAGAGCAGAAUCGUGAACUCUACACAACUUUUGUGGACCUCACGAAAGCAUUUGACUCUGUCAGUCGCCAGGGCCUGUGGAGGAUCAUGUCGAAAUUUGGCUGUCCAGACAGAUUUAUACGAAUGGUACGUCAAUUUCAUCACGGUAUGAUGGCUCGUGUCCUGGAUGACGGUGAAACAUCUGAGGCCUUCCCAGUCACCAACGGUGUCAAGCAAGGGUGUGUUUUAGCACCCACUUUGUUCAGCAUGAUAUUCUCUGCCACUCUGACUGAUGCCUUUCAACACUGCACUGAAGGAGUAGGCCUGAAGUAUAGAACUGAUGGGAAAUUAUUCAAUCUGAGGCGACUGCGUGCCAUCACCAAGGUGAAGGAAACUGUACUUCGAGACUUUCUCUUUGCC